ACAAAAGCCCUGGAUAGAAUUUUAGAUGAGCUUGCUUCUUUAUUUGAAACCAAUCCUGGCACUGAUUUCUUUGCUGUUGUACUGACACAAAAUAAUACCCAGGGGCAGACUCGGAGGAGCUGGAUUCUGAUGAUCUGGAUGAAGAGGAGGAGUUUGAUUUCUCAGAUGGGGAUGAUGAAGACCUGGAUGCUGGAAAUCCAAGGCAGGAGCAGAAGGUGACUCCUGAGGAGCUCGUGUGCAGUCUCAAGUGGUACAUGAAUGAGAUGGACCGAGAGCUGGCACAGACCAAUGUUGGGAAAAGUUUCACCACCCAAAAGAGAGGGGCAGGUUGUGUUGAAGCAGCCACAUCUGAGAGUGCUGGCCCUGGUUCUGGAGCUGAGGAUGCUGAGCUGGCACCCGUGGAUGUGGACAUGAACCUGGUGGCAAACCUGCUGGAGUCCUCCAGUGCCCAGGCUGGCCUGGCAGGACCCAGCUGGAACAUUUUACAGAGCAUGGGGGUGACUUUACCUGAGAACACAGAUCUCACUGGCUCCAGCAGCCGAGCAGUGCAGUGAGAGACUUUGGACAGGACGGGGCUGGUGGGG